AUGUUGUUUCUCUCCGUGCGGACAGAUGCGCGGCUGCGCAGAAGGCACCAUCACAGUGACCGAGGUGGUAUCACAGUGUCCACCCAGAGGAUCUACCCAGAGGAUCUACCCAGAGGAUCUACCCAGAGGAACUACCCAGAGGAACUACCCAGAGGAUCUACCCAGAGGAUCUACCCAGAGGAACUACCCAGAGGAACUACCCAGAGGAUCUACCCAGAGGAACUACCCAGAGGAACUACCCAGAGGAUCUACCCAGAGGAUCUACCCAGAGGAUCUACCCAGAGGAACUACCCAGAGGAACUACCCAGAGGAUCUACCCAGAGGAACUACCCAGAGGAACUACCCAGAGGAUCUACCCAGAGGAUCUACCCAGAGGAUCUACCCAGAGGAACUACCCAGAGGAACUACCCAGAGGAACUACCCAGAGGAUCUACCCAGAGGACAGAAACUACCCAGAGGAUCUACCCAGAGGACUACCCAGAGGAACUACUCUACCCAGAGGAACUACCAGAGGACUACCCAGAGGAUCUACCCAGAGGAUCUACCCAGAGGAUCUACCCAGAGGAUCUACCCAGAGGAUCUACCCAGAGGAACUACCCAGAGGAACUACCCAGAGGAACUACCCAGAGAGGAACUACCCAGAGGAACUACCCAGAGGAACUACCCAGAGGAACUACCCAGAGGACUACCCAGAGGACUACCCAGAGGAACUACCCAGAGGACUACCAGAGGAUCUACCCAGAGACUACCAGAGGAACUACCCAGAGGAUCUACCCAGAGGAACUACCCAGAGGAACUACCCAGAGGAACUACCCAGAGGAACUACCCAGAGGAUCUACCCAGAGGAACUACCCAGAGGAUCUACCCAGAGGAACUACCCAGAGGAUCUACCCAGAGGAACUACCCAGAGGAUCUACCCAGAGGAACUACCCAGAGGAUCUACCCAGAGGAACUACCCAGAGGAUCUACCCAGAGGAACUACCCAGAGGAACUACCCAGAGGAUCAUCCAGGCUUUGUCAUUUCAACACAUCAAUAAAGACAUUAUACAGGAUUCAUGUCGUUUACUUUAA